AUGUCACGUCUGCACAUCCAUGAGAGGAUGGCGCGCAAAACACGAGCGCUUGUGUACAGUCUAUGCAGUGCCGACAGAUGUACGAGGCCUACACCGACAUGUGGAUGGCAUAUAACAUGGCCUUCAUCUAGACUACACGAUGGCGAGUCUGAUCACAGACGAUGUGGCAACAAGCUUGGCACGCCGAGACAUGACGAACUUCUUCAGCCCCUAAGACUGCAUAAACUUUCUUCGCUUCACGCAACCGCAGGGUUGCCCAGGAUCAUGCUGAUGCUGGAACUUCUCCUGAUCCCUGCGUUCAUCCGGACCGACUGUGUGUUUAUCGUGGGUGGGCGAGAGGCUCUUUGCGUGCUGUUGUAUCGCCUCGCGUUUCCAUGCCGUCUGAAAGACAUGCGCUUGGUUUUCGGGCUGAGCGAGUCCUGCAUCUGCGAAACGUUCAAUUGGAUGCUGCACUUCCUCGACCCUAAAUGGGGCUGGCUGCUCUCUGANCGCAACCGCAGGGUAUUCAGCGGCAGUGCGAUAGAAGCAUUGAAUUCACAAGCCGUGAUCAUGCUGAUGCUGGAACUUCUCCUGAUCCCUGCGUUCAUCCGGACCGACUGUGUGUUUAUCGUGGGUGGGCGAGAGGCUCUUUGCGUGCUGUUGUAUCGCCUCGCGUUUCCAUGCCGUCUGAAAGACAUGCGCUUGGUUUUCGGGCUGAGCGAGUCCUGCAUCUGCGAAACGUUCAAUUGGAUGCUGCACUUCCUCGACCCUAAAUGGGGCUGGCUGCUCUCUGAUGACGUGGAGCGACUGAAGCCGAGGUUGGUGGAGUUCGCCGAAGCCAUAUACAACGCCGGUUGCCCUCUAACACAAUGCUGGGGCUUCAUCGAUGGAACCGUCCGCGGCAUUGCGAGGCCCAUUCGCUUCCAACGGUGGUACUACAAUGGCCACAAGAGGAAGCAUGCGAUCAAGUUCCAAGGCGUGGUUACCCCUGACGGACUAUUCGUCGAUUUGUGGGGCCCUGUGCUUGGCACACGUCAUAAUAGUUACUUGCUGGCGCAGUCUGGACUGAUGCAAAAGCUGGCAGCACACUUUAACAGCCCUUCGGGCCACCCGUACUGCCUGU